CCUCUCUCCUGGCUGCUGUUAUUCAGCAUGCUGCUCAAACACUGACGGCAGGGAACUACAACAGAACAAUGGUGAUUUCCAACCUGGGAUAAGAAACAUGAUGACCAAAUGUUUUUCCUGAAAUAUCACAUCAUCCUGACACACGUCCAAUGGCAUAAAGGAGUUUCUCAGAUUCAGUUCAGCUAAGGAAGACAACACUCCAUCAUAGUGUGCUCCUGUUAUCUUCUGAAGGAAUGGCGAUAUCCAAGAAAAUCUUGGCCAUCUUUGUCCUUGUUGUAACACUGCUUGUUUUGGAAAAAGGAAACAUCAGCUUUCAUUUCCAGGUUCUGGAUUUACUGGAACCACAUGGUGAACCCUUUCUUCCUCACACAAGGGAUAAAAGGAAUGCACUUUCAGACCCUGGGAUUUUUUCAGCCAACAUUUUAUUAAAUGUAUCAAACACAGAAACCUAUGAGCAACUCCUGUCAACCCUAAAUUCUACCAGUUAUCCUCUUCAGCUUGAUAACAACACAGAGAUCCAAAAUAUUACUGUCACAACGGUUUGUGUCUCCACUGACACUGGCUUCCAAUGUGAGUGUGAAGAGGAGUUUGCUUGGCCGUAUAGCACCUGCAUCACAUAUGGAGCUUGUGAUCACAUAUCCAACGGCAUCUGUAGAUGCAUCUCAGGAAUUCCAGCUGAUGGCUCCUCCUGUCAGCUAAUCUCAGAGCUGCUUAUUCAGACUGAAUACGAAGUCGAUUUGGAACUGAAUCUAACAGAUAUUGCAACGGUGGACUUCCUCAGGAGCCUUCUGAACAAUAACAGCUUUUUUACCUUGGAUGCCAUAGUAAAUGUUACACAGGUUAACUUCACUACAGUUUGCUCUCCAAGCAGCGGUGAUUACCAGUGCAGAUGUGAGGAUCAGUAUCGCUGGCCAUGUGACCAGUGUCUAACAUAUGGAUCAUGUGACAACAUCACUGAUGACACAUGUGGAUGCAUCAGUGCCAUUCCUGCUAAUGGACAAUACUGCCAGUCUCUGGAUCAACACAACUUUACAGCCUGUUCUUCACCCACAAUAACAGCCUCAACGCCUACAACUCCACCAGUCAUCUAUGAACACAUUCUUUCUGUUAAGCUGGAAACCAUAGAUGCUACAGCUGCACAACAAUUGAGGAGCAUCAAUUAUCCCAUCAGCAUCAACAAUGGGUUACAGAUCUCAGAAAUGAACAUUUCUACAGUGUGCUCCCCCAAUAACACAACCUACCAGUGCAGAUGUGAGGAUCAGUAUGGCUGGCCUUGUGACAUGUGCUCCACUUUUGGCAAAUGCAGCGACAUUCUGGACAAUACCUGUGGAUGUAUCAAUGCACUUCCUCCAAAUAACACUUACUGCCAGCCACUAUCAGAUCUUGACUCCUGCCCAACACAAACACCAACAACUGAGCCAAUUGUUACAACACCUCUGAUCAUUACAUCAACAAACAUCACAAAUACAACUGCAGUACCAACAGUUCCCACAACAACCAUGUCUACGACAACAGCUGCAACAACAGUUAGAACAACUCCUCCAGUCGUUCGUCAAUACCUGCUUUCCUUUGAGCUGAAAACCAAAGAUGUCAGAGCUGUAGAGCAAUUGAGAAACUUCAACUACACCAUCAGCACCAACAGUCUAAUACAGAUCACUGGUGUUAACAUCUCUACAGUGUGCUCCCCCAAUAACACAACCUACCAGUGCAGAUGUGAGGAUCAGUAUGGCUGGCCUUGUGACAUGUGCUCCACUUUUGGCAAAUGCAGCGACAUUCUGGACAAUACCUGUGGAUGUAUCAAUGCACUUCCUCCAAAUAACACUUACUGCCAGCCACUAUCAGAUCUUGACGCCUGCCCAACACAAACACCAACAACUGAGCCAAUUGUUACAACACCUCUGAUCAUUACAUCAACAAACAUCACAAAUACAACUGCAGUACCAACAGUUCCCACAACAACCAUGUCUACGACAACAGCUGCAACAACAGUUACAACAACUCCUCCAGUCGUUCGUCAAUACCUGCUUUCCUUUGAGCUGAAAACCAAAGAUGUCAGAGCUGUAGAGCAGUUGAGAAACUUCAACUACACCAUCAGCACCAACAGUCUGAUACAGAUCACUGGUGUUAACAUCUCUACAGUGUGCUCCCCCAAUAACACAACCUACCAGUGCAGAUGUGAGGAUCAGUAUGGCUGGCCUUGUGACAUGUGCUCCACUUUUGGCAAAUGCAGCGACAUUCUGGACAAUACCUGUGGAUGUAUCAAUGCACUUCCUCCAAAUAACACUUACUGCCAGCCACUAUCAGAUCUUGACUCCUGCCCAACACAAACACCAACAACUGAGCCAACUGUUACAACACCUCUGAUCAUUACAUCAACAAACAUCACAAAUACAACUGCAGUACCAACAGUUCCCACAACAACCAUGUCUACGACAACAGCUGCAACAACAGAUACAACAAACUCAACACUAGCUGCUCCAACAACCAUGAACGCAACAACAGCACCAGAACAUGUCACAAGUAAGGACUACAAAGUGUUACUAGAGUGCCCCCACAGCUAUUACCAAUGCCUCCACAACUACUACCAGUACAUCUAUCAAACCUACAGUUCCAACUACUACGCCUACAACUACGACUACCACCACUACGACUACCACCACUACGACUACUACAACUAUUUCAACAACCCCUGCUGA